AUGGCUCCGCAGCAGAUUUUGUCUAUCGACCGUUCUUCCCACCUCGGAGACUUCUUUCGGCAGCCCGUGCAGCACGAGCGCAAAACCUACUUCCUUGCACCCUCGCGAGACCAGGCCCCCACUGGCGCCAUCGCGCUCGGGAACCUUAUCAAGUCACCGCGCUCGCCCGAGUUCCCGCUCAACGACCCCAAAUCACCGACCGUCACGCGCCUCCAGUCCACCGCGACAGUGAUCUCCGAGACCAACGCGACCCGCACGCUCUCGGCCAAGUUCUCGGUGCAGCGGAGCGUGUUCGCCUCCUUCCUGCAGGGCAUCCUCGGGGGGCAAGACCCAGUCCACCUCGAGCUGCUGGCUGCGCUGUUCGCGGAGCCGUCGGUCCAGGCCGCCCUGCGCGACAGCCGCUUCACCGCCAACCUGUACCUCGUCACGGCCGUGCAGAUCGCGCACGGGGCCGACUACGUCGUGGCGCGCGCCCGCCGCCGCGGCACCCACGUCCACCUCGCCGCCGACCUGCUCGGCCCCUCCGCCGGCACGGUGCCCGCCGGCGCCGGCGUGCAGGCGGAUGUCGGCGGCGCCGCGCACGUCCGGUCCGCCGGCACCGUGGAGGGCCCCUUCGUGUUCGCCUACAGCCUGCGCGAGGUGCUCUACCGCCGGAAGACGGUCACGGAGCAGCGGCGGGCCAGGGUCAAGGGCGAUCUGUACGGGAUUGGAGAGAAAGCGGUCCGGCCGGUGGAGACGGGCGACGCCGAGUACGUUGCCGAGCUGGCGGGGCUGAAGGAUGAAGACCCGGAGCUGCCGGGACAAUGGGACCUGGACGUCGAGAGCGGGCUUGACAUGGAUGGAUCCGAGUGUCAAAUUGUUCGUGUGGACAUUGGCGAUGGGGACAGCGGCUAUGAAGAUGUUUGAGUCUUAGGGGAGACCGAAAUCUAAUACGCUGUCGGAAGAUCUUCCGUCAAGGCUUUGCAAUGUAGCUAAAGGCCGAUUGCGCACUUUCACCAUUCAAUAUACUGGCUCCUAUAGAAUGGCAUCUGAGUGAUCUUUUCAGAUUCGCUCAGAUUUGUGGCUGCCA